ACAUGGCUGACGGCAAAGCGGAAAUUUCAGAUGUCAACAAUAUUAAUGUCCCUCACGUUGUAAUUAUACAGGCUUUGGUUAGAGGAAACCUUGUAAGAUGGCGACUGGAGAAACUUCGUAGAGCAUAUGAGCAGGUGUUUUCUGAGAUAGAGAGACAUGAUAGUCAUCAUGUGGAGUGGAAACAUGACAGUCCUUGUUUUCCAAAGAUUGAAAAGGGGACACCAACUCAGAGGGCAUUCCAUAAGAAUAUCAACAAUGACAAGCAGAAAAAGGCAGUAAAAGCAGCAGACCGGAACAGAAAGGACUUUGGCACAUCAACUGCAGAGCAGCAUUCUGUAGAAGUUCAGACCAGCUUUAUAGAUCUGACCUCUCAAACAGUGUCAAAAUUGUCUGAAUCAAGUGGACCCUGUGUGAAAACUGAGACUUGGGAAAAUAUUCUGGAUGAUCUACCAACAAAGGAUCAUUCAGCAACUGAAAUUAUUGAUCUUACAGAUGGAACAGACAAUGUGAUAUCUGGCCAUGAAAGGGGUAGAAACAGGCAGGGUACAAGUGAUGAAACUGCUGAGUUUAAACUGGAUUUGAAUUUAUCCAGAGAAAGUGAUGUCAGUCCAAGAAGUGAACAUGCAAGUCAUGGCUCUAAGGGAGAUAGCAUUUCAAUGAAUGCUCGACCGUCAGUAGAAAAGAUGUAUACUGGUGAUACUAGGAUAUUGAAAGCAAAUGAUAGGAAACAUGUCAAUAAAGGUCAUUCCUUUGAAGGAGGAAAUGCGGGUACACAGGAGCCAGUGAAUGAAGUUAUUGACCUAAGUGAUGAUUAUGAUGAUGAAGUAAUUAUCAGAAAGCCUGACAGAAAAGUUAAUUGUAUGGACAAUGAAAAACAAUAUUCUGACAGAAGUGAUGGGUCGAAGACUUCUCGAAAAAGUUAUCUAAACUCCGGCAGGGAUGAAAAAUAUUAUAAGCACAAAGAAGUGGAUGAUAUUGAGCAAAUUGAAUUGCAGAGCCAGGGGUCAGGCAGAUCUGAUAAGUCAAGUUCAAGGACACAUAGGUCAGAGAAAAGGUCAGCAAGAGACAAUGAAUUUGAAGGCAGAGUUCAAAGGUCAGAUAGAUCGGAAAGGUCAAGUUCAAGGUCAGAAAAAUAUUCCUCCAAGGAAAAUGACCAUGACAUUCAUGGUCAUAGGUCAGAUAGUUCAGAAAGGUCACAGCAGUCGGACAAAAUGUUAAACAAAGACAAUGCCACUGAAAGGGCCAAUCGCUCUGAAAGGUCAAAUUCAAGAUUACAAAGGUCAGAAAGGUAUUCAUCCAAAGAAAAUGACCAUGAAAAUCAAGGUCAUAGGUCAGAUAGAUCUGAAAGGUCACAGAAGUCAGAGAAAAGGUCAAUUAGGAUUGAAAAGCCGGACAGAUCACCUAGGGCAGAGGAUGUCAUGAGUCCAAGAAUGUCCUCCCAGAGUCCUGUAAGUCAUAUGUCACGGUCAGGUAGACUGGACCACAUUUCCACCGCAGCUAGCAGAAGGGAGAAACCAGUCCAGAGUGUUAUUGAUAGUACCAGUCUGACGAAUGUCACUUCAGUCUGGGAUAGUUAUAAUUCCAUACCUGAUAUGCCUGAUGUUCCUCUGUCACUUCCGGAUGACAAGGAGGAGUUACAGCAGAUGAGGAAGAACAUUGCCAUGGAGCUGUUAUGGGUGCAGCAGGCAAUAGACAGCAGGAAAAAUUAUCUGAAGCUGAAGGGCAGCAUGUGAAGGUAGACAACCAAUGCAUGAUGCUCUUGCCAUAUGCAGAUAUUGACUGUGUUACUCCAGCUAUUUAAAACUCAGUGCAGUGUAACCUCCCUUGGCUGGUAUCUCACAAUGAUCACCAAAAUCAUGUGACAAUGUUCCAAAUCUUGGGAUAUAUUUACCGUUUUGAUAUUAACCAUUUAAUAUUCAAAAGCUUUCUUUAAAACUAUUCUGAAAUUAGAUAAAACAAAAUCAGUUUCUUAAAAAGUGGGUAGCUGAUAGCUUUUCUUACUACUCAAGAUCUUCUUUGCUCAUCAAGAUGGAUCACUGGUAUUAAGUUACGGCUUGUCAAGAUGAUACUGAUUUGAAAAUUCUUAACGGAUUAACAAUGAAAAGAAAAUUGCACUUUCACCUUGAUUCAGCAGUCCUUUUUUUAAGCAUUAUCAACAUAUUUUGAGGACAGAGAUUAUCUGAUUUGAGUGUAAUGAAAAUUACGAUAAUUGCAGUCAACAUAUUGUAAAGUCUUCCAUUUUUCUUAUCGUCAAACAUUUAUUAUUUUCAAGGUCAGGUCAAGUCUGUACAAAGAGUAUCGCAUACAAAAGGCAUGAGACUGACAUUGUGUUAAACCAGGUCAUCUAUUGAUCAUGUUAUCAUGAAAUGUAACUGUUAGGGUAGCUGUUUGAAAAAAUCAUUGAAUCAAUCUUAAUAAAUUUGAUUAUGUAGUUAUAUAUUUAAAAACUGCUUAUAAGCCCUAAGGCUGAUUUCAAAAACAUGCUAUUUAUCUGUGAUACUUUAUUUGUCUCUUUUAUCUGUGAUUUUGCAAGAUAGUUAUUACAAUUAUUACUAUAUAUGAAAUAUGUAUUUAAUA